GCAAUGCAAAUCUCUUUUUGGGUCUCACACCAGCUGAAGCCUGUCUCUUGAUGGGUAAACUGGCUGAGGAACAUGGUGAUACCUUUAAACUCUGGCUAGGACCCUGGUUCAGUGUCAUGCUUUUCGAUCCGCGCGAUGAUGUGGAAGUUGUUCUGGGCACAUUGCGUUUCAAUGACAAGGCCCACGAAUAUAAGGCACUGGAACCGUGGCUUAAGGAGGGCCUAUUAGUUAGUCGUGGCCGUAAAUGGCAUAGACGACGUAAGAUUAUCACACCAGCUUUCCAUUUCAAGAUAUUGGAUCAGUUUGUGGAAAUCUUUGAGAGGGAGUCACGUGUCCUAAUUAAACAACUUGAGAAAGAGCGUCAACGCAAUGGCUCAGAUGGUUUCAAUCUAUACGAUUGGAUUAAUCUCUGCACCAUGGACACGAUUUGUGAAACCGCCAUGGGUGUUUCAAUUCAUGCCCAGACGAAUGCCGAUUCCGAUUAUGUUCGUGCCGUGAAAACCAUUUCCAUGGUCCUGCAUAAGCGCAUGUUCAACAUAUUUUAUCGCUUUGAUUUAACCUAUAUGCUGACUCCGUUGGCUAGAGCCGAACGCCGUGCCUUGAAUGUGCUGCAUGAGUUCACCGAGAAGAUUAUUGUCCAGCGUCGCGAGGAGCUUCUACGUGGAACACCGAGUGAGACGGAAACCAGUAGUGCGGAUGCCGAUGUGGGAGCAAAGCGUAAGAUGGCCUUUUUGGAUAUCCUGCUGCAGUCGACUGUGGAUGAGAAGCCGCUAACCAAUCUGGACAUACGCGAAGAAGUCGAUACAUUUAUGUUUGAAGGCCAUGAUACCACAUCCUCCGCCUUGAUGUUCUUCUUCUACAAUUUGGCAACACAUCCAGAGAGUCAGCAAAAAUGUUUUGAGGAGAUUAAAUCCGUGAUUGGAACUGAUGUGCAGACUCCGGUCACUUAUGAGCUUCUGAAUAAGCUGCAUUAUGUCGAAUUGUGCAUCAAGGAGACUCUACGCUUAUAUCCUUCGGUACCACUACUUGGACGUAGAGUAGUUGAGGAGUGCGAGAUAAAUGGUAAAGUUAUACCUGCAGGAACCAACAUUGGAAUCUCGCCACUUUUUAUGGGACGACGUGAAGAUCUUUUCGUUGAACCAAAUAGCUUCAAGCCGGAAAGAUUUGAUGUUGUAACCACUGCAGAGAAACUAAAUCCAUAUGCAUAUAUUCCAUUCUCGGCGGGACCACGCAAUUGUAUUGGACAGAAAUUUGCCAUGCUAGAGAUCAAGGCAAUUGUGGCCAAUACACUGCGUCACUUUGAGAUUGAUUUUGUUGGCGAUACCUCAGAGCCUCCUGUUCUGAUUGCUGAGCUUAUUUUGCGCACCAGAGAUCCGCUCAUGUUCAAGUUGAAGGAGCGUGUUUACUAGCAUUAGCUAGGGGACUCAAAAACUUAAAUUUCAUCUUUGUGAGAUGUUGUAAAUAAACCUAUGAUGAUUAUAUAACA